AUGCCGCCGCCGCCUCCAGACCUGGAGAACUCUAGCGCGCCAGUGCCCGAUCCCUCCGAUCUUACAUCAUACCCGGAAGGUGGAACAAGAGCUUGGCUAGUAGUACUAGGUGCUUGGUGCGGCCUUACUGCCUCUAUUGGCCUUUACAACACGACUGGUGUCUUCUCAGUCAUAAUCUCCAACACUAUAUUCACAUCCUCAUCUUCCACUUCCACUGGAUGGAUCUUCUCUAUCUAUGCUUUCAUGGUAUGGAUCGUGGGUGUGUGGGUGGGACCAUGUUUUGAUGUCUUUGGGCCUAGGAUGUUGAUGAUGGCGGGCAUGUUUUGUACUGUGCUUGGGAUGAUAUGUUUGAGUUUCUGUACAGUAGAAUAUUAUCAGAUCUUCCUGGCAUUUUCUCUGCUCACAGGGCUGGGGUCGAGUUUAUUGCUUACUCCUUCGAUGGCUUGCGUGGCUCAUUGGUUCGAUGCUCGACGUGGUCUUGCAAGCGGUAUUGCCUGGACAGGAGGUGGCGUCGGUGGUGUCCUAUUCCCACUUCUGAUCCAAGGUCUACUACCACAUCUUGGCUGGGCCUGGUGCAUCCGUAUCACAGCCUUCAUCCUGCUUUCUCUCUGCAUCAUCAGUAUCCUUCUCUGCCGCAGCAGAAUCCCUCCCCCAACACGCAAAGAUGCCACUUCCCUCUGGCGAGCCACCCUCCCCGACUACCGCAUCUUCCUCGAUGGCACAGGAGCCAUGGCCUUCACAACUCUCGGCGUCCUCUUCGUCGACCUCGCCUACUUUAUCCCAAUAACCUAUCUACCUUCUUACUACCUCUCCCGCCAAAACCUCCCUACCUCCUCUACAAUCUCCGGUUCUGCAGCUUUCGGCUACCAACUCCUCGCCAUCCUGAACGCUGCAUCUUGUUUCGGCCGCCUCAUCUCUGGCUCCCUAGGCGACCACUUUGGCCACUACAACACCAUGAUAAUAUCCCUUUUCCUGUGCGUGGUUUCAAUCUUUGCUCUUUGGCUUCCUGAUGUUGUCAUCCCUUCUUCUGACUCCCCGGUUCUACUCAUCAUCUUCGUCAUCAUUUUUGGUUUCGUAAGCGGCAGUAAUGUAUCCCUUACCCCUAUCUGUUUGGGCCAGCUUUGUGGAGUCGGCGAUUAUGGCAGGUAUUAUGCUAGUUGUUAUACCGUUGUUGCGUUUGGAGUUUUGGUUUCUUUGCCGGCGGCUGGGGGCAUAUUGGAUGUUUGUGGUGGCGGGGGUGGGAAAGAUGGCAAGGGGGAUUUUUGGGGUGUGGCUGUUUUUACGGGUGGGUGUUAUGGUAUUGCUUUGGGGUGUUUUGUUUGGGUUAGGGGUAGGGUUGUGGGGUGGAGGUGGUGUAAAUGGUGA